CAGCGCGUGGUGCCCUUUGAUGUUCGCGCUACACGACUUGUCUUCUGCUCAAAAGCAAUAUUUGUUGCAGGCCGUGACUGCAUUACUUUUCAUCUCUCCGAGGUCCUGCGUAUUAUUUCUGUUAUCUCUUAGAAAGUUCGAGUACUUGAAUUGUGAGAAAAAUCACAAAAGUUGUUUUUUUUUUUUUUUUACAAGAAAGUGGAAGUGUCUUUUGUUUUGUUUUGUUUUGUUUUGUUUUUUUUUUACAAAGAAAAAAUGCCGCAGCUCAACAGCGGAGGGGGGGAUGAUCUCGGGGCCAACGACGAAAUGAUUGCCUUCAAAGAUGAAGGAGAACAAGACGAAAAAAUCCAAGAGAACGCGUUUACCGAGCGGGACCUGGCCGACCUGAAAUCCUCACUGGUGAAUGAAUCGGAGAUCAGUCAAAACUCGCACCCGCCGGUGGUUAGAACAGGACAGCAGGAGGAGCAGAGAGUGUACGAGGACAAACACAGGGAACACCUCGAACAUCUUGACGACGUAACGAAGCCACAAGAUGGAGGGAUGUACAAAGCAUCGCCAUAUUCUGGAUACCCGUUCCUGAUGUUACCGGAUCCCUAUCAUCCAAAUGGACAAGUGUCACCAUCUGCUAACAAAGUGGCAGUUGUUCAGCAGCCUCAUGGGAUGCACCCACUUACAUCACUUCUACCAUACAGCAAUGAACACUUCAACCCCAGUACUUCUCAUCUGACAUCAGAUAUGAGCCAAAAAACAGGUGUUCACAGACAUCAGCCCCAUGAUCUCACAAGCUUCUAUUCCUUGCCUUCAGGAGGAGUUGGCCAAAUUACCUCAUCCAUGGGUUGGCAAAGUCAGCCUGUCUAUCCUCUCUCCUCGUGUGGCUUCAGGCAGCCCUACUCCUCCAGUCUCACCAGCAACUCCUCCUAUUCAAGGUUCUCUCACUCUCUGAUUAUGGGGCCAUCUGGAAUGCACCCUACAGGAAUCCCACACCCUGCUAUAGUGCCCUCUUCAGGCAGGCAAGAGCAGUUUGACAUUAAGCCACAUCCAGAGUCAAAGAGGGAUAGAGAGUCUAAGAAGCCAGUCAUCAAAAAGCCUCUGAAUGCUUUUAUGCUCUAUAUGAAGGAGAUGAGGGCAAAAGUCAUUGCAGAAUGCACAUUAAAGGAGAGUGCAGCUAUCAACCAAAUACUGGGCCGCAGGUGGCAUGCUCUGACUCGUGAGGAGCAGGCUAAGUACUAUGAGCUUGCAAGGAAAGAGCGGCAGCUUCACAUGCAACUCUACCCAAGCUGGUCUGCCCGGGACAACUAUACAACUCUCUUGACUGUUCCUAGGAGAAAAAAGAAGUGCAUUCGCUACCUUCAAAGAGGACAGUGCACCUGCCACAAUUCUUCCGAUGGAAGUGCUGUAGAAUCGAUUUCCUCUCCUAUUCAUAACUUCACACAACAAUCCUCUCCUCUAAACCGCACCAAUGCUUUUCAAAAUGGCAGCAAUCUCCAUGCACAUACCGGACAAAGCCCUUACCCCCACUGCUCAGUCCUCGCAAACUCCUAAUUUUCUUCAGCAGAGCAAAAACAGAUAACCCAAUCAAGACUUUUGUAGUUCAAAUAAUUCAACAAUGAGAAAUUUAAAUGAAGACGCCAGCUGCUGUAUGUUUCACAUUGCUGGCAACUUAAUUGUACAAAUUUAAAAAUGUCAUCAAAUGAUGCUAUACCUUAAGUUAAAUAGUUUAUUUUUGUCAUUUUUUUAUUCCCAUAUUUGCAUUUGUUUACAAACUGCUCUACUUACAAAGUGCUCUGUCUGGUGUCUUUCAACCAAACACCACAGUGUGAAGUGCAUUGUAAUUAACAGUAAUGGAAAAUGUUUCAUUAUGCAGUAUUGAUUCUGAAUAUGUUCAGUCAUAGAAUAGUUCUCAAGUUACAUUGUAGAGUAUAUGUUGAAUUAAUGCAGCUCCUCAAAUUACUGUGCUUGUUUACUUGAUAUAUCAAAGUUCUUUAUUUCUCCUAAGUAAAAAAAGCUUUGUUUCACAGGUGGUGAUUUAUUGUUUUCUUUUGUAAAGUAUACAUGUUUAAUAUAUUAAACAUUUUGGAAAUCCUUAAA